AUUAGUGAAAAAAGAAAAAAGAGAAUAAAUGCAGCCAGGUCGUGUUUCUUUCUUGCUCUCUCUUUCUUUCUCUUCGUAUUAAAGCAUAAGUAUCAGUAUGUCGCUUCGCUCCAAACGUUUUUUGAGGUUAGGUUUCUUCUCCUCUACGUCCUCUUGUAAAUUGGUCGUUUUCACCGUCACCUUCCUACCUGGUGUCUCGUCGUCCGCUGCCCGACCAGUAGAGCCAGGUCGCGACGAUGACGAAGAUGGAGAUGCUUCCCCACGGGCGCUUCUGACGGACGCAGAGUGGGCGGCGCACCAGGACUGCUUCCGCGCAGCCCUAGCAGAUGAAGUAGGCGGGUACGAUCUCUCCGCGUGCUGGCAGGGCGCCCGGCCGUUUGAGACCCAAGGCGACCCGCUGCAGUACAAGUCCUGGCAGGACGUAGUGGACGGCUUUUUGACCCCACAAGAAGCCAACUUCGAGCCCCAUUUUGACGGCCACGAGAGUACAAGCGGGUUGCAGGAGGGGGUGCAGCCUGGCCACGCCCGGAGGGCUCCUGUUCGUCCGGCGGCUGUGGGGGAUGACCAGCUGGGGAAUGAUAUACAGACGGCAACGCCUACGCCGGCUCCUAGCGCGGCGAACCGUAUGACAGCAUGGGAGAUGCGAACGACCUGCCCCUACUGGCACCGUGGCGUUGCCGUUAUUCCGGUCGUCCAUCGACCGGCGACUUCUACAUCGCCAGAAGAGCAACACGCCUCUGACAGUGCUGCUCGCAGUCGCAGCACACCACAACAUCAACAUCCCGAGACACAUAAAAGCGAAACGGAGUUCCUGUUCCAAGUCCGGGCUCCGUGGAAGUGGGCCUUCGGAGGGUUGAUCGACCUGGGAGUCAGCGAGACCGUGGAGAUUGACGAGCCGGACGAGGUUGCGGCCCAUCGAGCGGUCCAGGAGGAGCUUGGGAUCAAUUUGCUGAAGGCAGCGACCCUCGACGACGACUUCUAUGAGGUCGACCUCGCAGAACAACUACCCGAUGCGCGCUCGGUGAAGAGCGACGCAAUAAAUGUCAGAAAUGAAGCAAAAUGCAGGCACUCAACAAGGAUAAUUUCAGAAACGAGCGGAGCCGUUGUGUCCGCGGAUGCAGCGGAAGAGAACAGGAGCGACCAAGCCUGUAAUUCUGUUCAAAAUGCUGACGGCGCGGACACAAGCACGAGUCAGGAUUAUACGACGUCCAGUAGCACCAAUCCUCUCCCGACGUCACCGAUGCCGCGACAGUGUUGCCGCUUGGCUUUUUCAUGGCGCGGCGUCAUGCCCAAGAUGCGGCCCUUCUGCGAGAAAACGCUGCUCACGGUUUACACAUUGGGGAAAAGACUGGCCACGGACCUGUCCGAGGAUGACGAGGUGCACAGUUUUUACUACGCGAAUAUGACCACGUACCUCGCACUUGCGCGAACGAGGACUGGAUUCACGCAAUUCGCGCCCUGGGUGCAUGCGAUAUUGGGAAAUUGUAAAGAAACCUGUGGGUUUGGAUAGAAUAGAUUUGGGAAAAAUGCAAUACCGUCUGUCUCAGGAGACACACGAGUGGUUGCUGAACUCUCGAUGGAUGGUGUAAGCCCUGCACAAACAGGAAGGGAAAUGCAAAAGGCAAGGAGUGCUGCAACGUGGCGAGUUCCUCAAGAAUGCCACAAGCGGGAUCAUGAAUCAAUGAUCUUCACAUCUACUAGCGGUGGCGCUUCUGAAAGUAACUCGGAGCAAUAAGUACAUAGCAUCGUUUCAAUAUCAUGCGUAGACAAGCACCUUGCAGAGGACGAGAAUGUGACGGGCGAUGCGCAGUAGACACGGACCGACUCCCGGCAAUGCCCCCGCCGAUUGCAGUCCCUGUUCGAGGAGAUCUGAGGGACGCGGAUACAAGUACUGAAUCG